AUGGGUGUUUCGUGCGCCUACGAGCGUGCCACGCGCUUCCAGAACCAAAACAGACAAGGCGCGGACACUGCAGCAAAAGAGCGCCGCUAUAAAUGCCAUCAAUCUUCCAAUACCAACCAACCAGCAUCGACCGGCAACUGGUCCAGCACAUCUGUGUCUGAAAUGACAGAACCUGGUGCCGCUUUCCAGCUGCGGCCCACAAGCAUCGACUACUAUCUACGCCUGGCAGAAAAGCGCCUAAACGCAUUGAAUCCCGACGAGGCUGUCUCGUCACCACCAGAAAGCCAGACACCCGUCAUAGGAGAGCGCACAAUACAGAUAUUGUCGGAGGCGCGGCAGCGCGAUUGUCCCGGUGCAGCCUUAGCUGCUUUCAGCCUCGACCAUUGGAAAAGCAUCCUGCAAGUCUGGGCCGAAGAGGUCGGCUUGCAAUACCCAUUUCUCGACACCGAAACACUGGCUCUCGACAUCGUGGGUGCGUUUCGUGAGAGCCAGACUCCAGGCCAGAACGACACCAGCCCGACAUCGGGCUACUCUGCGACGGCCGGGACACCCAACACCAAUCAUCGCAGACAUGUGGAAGACACGGCCAUUCUCCUCCUUGUGGCGGUAGCCAUUCUUGUAGACCCCACGCUUGUAUCAACCGCGAACCCCCUUGCGGAGGUCAUCUACCGCGACGUCUUGAUCCGGACGCACCUUGCUGACGUCGACCGGGACGAUGUCUCUUUAAUGACUGUGGCUGCGAGUUACUUUUAUAUCAGUGGCAGAGAAGUACUGGCAUGGCGUGUCAUUAGCGGCGUUAUGCGCCUCUUGCAAGAGGAACGCGUUCUGCAAAACUACGACGAUCCAGAGGUGUCCGCGACUGCCUCGUCAGCUGCAGCCGGAGAUGACCGGCUGUAUUGGUCUGCCUUCACUAUGGAGCGUCGUUUCAGCUUUUCGACUGGGCUGCCGUUUGCCGUUCGGGACUCCGAUAUCCAGCACUGGCCACACUUUUCCGACACAUCCAUUUCCACUGCCUACCUAAAAAGCAUGGUCGACUACUGCCGCAUCUCGUCCGAGGUACGCAAACUCAUUUUGCUGCCUGCGGCACCACCGGCACCCUUCGCGUUGACCGCCACGCGCGACUUUCUCGAUUUCCGCGUUGUUCAGUGGCAGAAAAACCUGCCGUCUACGCUUGUGUUUCAUGGCGUGCGUGAUACAUUUGAUUCAAGCCGUGAAUGUCGUGGUGAGUAUCGACUUCGUCUCAUUCUAUAUCUUCGCGGCAGUCAAAUGCGCACGGUCAUCCACCGCAAGUCAGGAUUGGCUGCAUUGUCAUCUAGAACGGCCACCACGACUACAUUCGACCCCGCCAGUGCCAAUACACUCGCCCUGAUUGCCCAGGACACCAUCCGCAUUCUUGUUACACUGGCACGCGAUACCGACAUAUACCACGCCCAGCACAAAACGUUUAACCACUUUCUUGAGACUGCCCUGACAUCUCUACUUUUAUGCGCAGGCACAGCAAAGAGUACAGCCUUUUUGUCCUUUCUGCCUGACGUCAUGGAUGCUCUGGCGCUUGUGGAACGCCUGUCGGUGCAGUCGCCCAUAACGAAGGCUCUGGCGGUGAAGCUCAAGGGUGUUCAGGGUGUGGUCAAUGCCUGUCGGUUGCGCAUGGAACAGAAACAGGCGUCUGCUGUGGCACGAGAGGGAGAAGAGAAUGAGGUUGAAUUCGGAGGUGGGCCCCUCACGCAAAAUGCUACUCUCCUUCCUGCUGAGGAGUACUUCCUUGCUCCGAGUGGUCCCGAGCGUCAGCCUAAUAUACCGGAGCAAAAAGUACUUGGCCUGGUGCACCCAACGUCGCUAGAUCCAAGUGUGCAAGUGCCUUUGCCGAGUCCAGUGUCUGACCAGCGCCUCUCGUCUGACCUGGGGCGUUUCUUUCCCCCGGAUCCUCUGCUUCAGUCCGUUGACGAUAGAGGCCAUGAUAACACCAGGACCGGUGCGCCCACAAGUGACGCAGCAGGCAUGGGCUUGCCGUCAUCUCUCGACGUCAACUCGCCAAUGUUUGAGUUAUUGAGUGUAGGCAACAUCCUUGAUGAUUACGAAAAUUUUGCAUUUUAA